UGUAUGUGUGUGGAGACGGAGCUCCAGCUCCGCAGCUUCAGUCUCUUCCUGUCCCAAGACCAUGAAGUCCUUUGUGUGGCCGCUGCCCCUGACUCUGGCUCUGGCCCUGACCCUGCAGGAGUCUCUUGCUGGGCCAGCCAAGUCUCCCUACCAGCUUGUACUGCAACACAGCCGGCUCCGAGGCAGGCAGCACGGAGUCAUCAGUUAUGAAUGCUGUCCUGGCUAUGAAAAGGUCCCUGGAGAAAAGGGCUGUCCUGCUGCAUUGCCUCUUUCAAACAUUUAUGAGACUUUGGGUAUUGUUGGAUCUACCACUACUCAACUCUACACUGACAGGACUGAGAAACUGAGACCUGAGAUGGAAGGCCCAGGAAGUUUCACAAUCUUUGCUCCCAGCAAUGAGGCCUGGGCUGCUCUGUCUGCUGAAGUUCUGGAUUCCUUGGUCAGCAAUGUCAACAUUGAACUACUCAAUGCCCUUCGAUACCACAUGGUAGACAGACGAGUUCUUACUGAUGAACUGAAACAUGGAACAACACUUACCUCUAUGUACCAGAACUCAGAUAUUCAUAUCCAUCAUUACCCCAAUGGGAUUGUUACUGUCAAUUGUGCUCGGCUUCUGAAAGCAGACCACCAUGCUACUAAUGGUGUGGUUCAUCUCAUAGAUAAAGUCAUUUCCACCACUACCAACAACAUCCAACAGUUCAUUGAGAUUGAAGAUACAUUUGAAACCCUUCGGGCUGCUGUGGCUGCUUCAGGCCUGAAUACUCUGCUGGAAGGUGAUGGUCAGUUCACUCUCUUAGCCCCAACCAAUGAAGCAUUUAAAAAGAUCCCUCCAGAAACCCUGAACCGUAUUUUGGGUGACCCUGAAGCACUGAAAGACCUGUUAAAUAACCACAUCCUGAAAUCGGCAAUGUGCGCUGAAGCCAUCAUUGCAGGACUGUCCAUGGAGACUCUGGGAGGCAACACCCUGGAGGUGGGCUGUAGUGGUGAUGUGCUCACUCUUGAUGGGAAGGCCAUCAUUUCAAACAAAGACAACUUGGCAACCAAUGGGGUGAUCCACUAUGUGGAUGAGCUACUUAUCCCAGAUGCAGCUAAGACUCUAUUUGAAUUAGCCACUGAGUCUGAUGUUUCAACAUCUAUUGACCUUUAUAGACAAGCCGGUCUUGGUUCUCAUCUCUCUGGAACAGAACGCUUGACUCUUCUUGCCCCUCUGAAUUCUGUAUUCAAAGAUGGUGUCCCUUACGUAGAUGCCAAUAUGAAGAAUUUGCUUCUGAAUCACAUUGUUAAAGACCAGCUGUCUUCCAAGUAUCUGUACCAUGGACAGAUUCUGGACACUCUGGGUGGCAAGAAACUGAGAGUUUUUGUUUAUCGUAAUAGUCUGUGUAUUGAGAACAGCUGCAUUGCAGCCCAUGACAAGAGAGGAAGGUUUGGCACCCUGUUUACUGUGGAUCGGAUGCUGACACCACCAAUAGGGACCAUCAUGGAUGCUCUUAAAGUUGACAACCGUUUCAGCAUGCUAGUGGCUGCCAUUCAAACUGCAGGUCUUACAGAAACCCUCAACAGAGAAGGUGCCUAUACUAUAUUUGCUCCAACAAAUGAAGCCUUCCAAGUCCUGCCACCAGAGGAGCUGAAUAAACUGAUGGGAAAUCCUAAGGAACUUGCUGACAUUCUAAAAUAUCAUAUUGGGGAUGAAAUCCUGGUCAGUGGAGCUAUUGGAGCCCUGGUGAGAUUAACAUCUCUACAAGGUGAUAAACUGGAAGUCAGCUCUAAAAAUACUCUUGUGAAUGUCAACAAAGAACCUGUUGUAGAAACUGACAUUAUGGCUACCAAUGGUGUAAUCUAUGCUAUUAAGAGUAUUUUGCAACCUCCAGUCAAUAGAAUUCAGGACCAAAAUAAGAAUCUUCACUCUGCCUUAGAAAUCUUCCAACGAGCACCUGCUUUUUCUAAGACCCAUGAUGGUGAACCAAUGGCACACAGAGACCUCUCUGUGGGCACACAUGCCAAGGGCCUAAUGCCCCAAGGACCCAAAGCACCAAUCCCUGCAGCACAGAGUUCCUCAGAGUUCCUAACUAGAAAGCCAGAGGGAGAUGUAGCUGAGCUGUUCCCUUUCCCCUCUCCUAACUGCCCACCUGCCACUGAUCCCAGAUCCUGGUUGUUCCCUGUUGCAGUUGCUGUUGCUGUUUCUGUUCCUGGACCUGCCACCGCAUCUUUAGAACCCAAGCUGGGAGGUUUUAAGAACUGA